GGGCACUCCGCUCAUACAAAGCUGCGUUUUCAUUCCUUGUAUUGCACCCUUUUCUUUUGUUCACACACACUCUUUUAACAUGGAUUUCCUGCAGGAUGCCAUCAAAUCAGAGAUCUCCAAAAAGCGAAAGACAAUCAACGCCGUAGGUGCUGAUAAGGGUCAGCGCAAAAAAUACGUCAGUCGUGCAGAAUUGGAACGUCUGAGAGAAGAAGAAUACCUUCGUGAAGAAGAAGAGCGAAAGGCAAAAGAAGAAGAGAGAAAGCGAAAACGAUUUGAAGAAGAGGAGCAACGACGGGAACGUGAAUUGAAGGAAUUGAAACCGACUGAAGAAACAGACGAAUCAAAAGGAGAGGAAAUCGAGGUGGAAACAUUCAAUAUCACUCGUGAAGAAGUUAUUCGACGUCUACGAGUUAAAGGACAGCCUAUUCGACUGUUUGGUGAAACUGACAAGCAAUGUAAAAUUCGGUUGCGUGCACUUGAACUUAUGGAAGAACGUUCAGAUGAUGGUGGACGAAAUGAUUAUAUGCGUAAAUUGGAAGAAAUGGAGGAAGGCAUGCGUUUAGAAGCCUUGAAAGAAAAGGCUGGUGUACAGGAUGAAAAGAAGUUGAGCAAGAAACUGAAAAAGGCCGAGAUGGUGGUGGAGCCAAUCGAGUUGAACAUGCUGCAAAAGGAUAUCGACAGAUUGUACUUGCAAAUCUACACAUACCUUGUGCACACGAUGGAUGAGUGGGAAGAAUACAUGGCCGCUCGUCCCGAGGAAGAAAAGCAAAGCGGCCAGGGCAAAAGAGCCGCUGUCUUGCAAAAGCAGACUGCAGAUUACAUCAAGCCUUUGCUGCGACAACUCAAAAAGCGGACUUUAGAACCGGAUAUUUUGGCACGCGUAGCUGAGAUCACACAUUACAUGCAAAACCGGAGGUACCGAGAUGCACAGGAUUCUUACUUGCAGCUGUCGAUUGGUAAUGCGCCUUGGCCCAUCGGUGUAACCAUGGUUGGUAUUCACGAACGUUCUGCUCGUGAAAAGAUUUUUGCGUCUCAAGUAGCCCACGUAUUGAACGACGAAACAUCUCGGAAAUGGAUUCAGUCUGUCAAACGCCUAAUGACAUUUGCCCAAAGCAAGUAUCCUCCCUACACCCUCAGUCAGAUAUCUUAAGAGGCAAUCAUGCCCUUCUCUUUCGCCCCCCCCCUCCUGAAAAAUUGUCACCUUGAGUCUAAUGUAGUUGUUGCUGUUCUUUCCCCAUCAUCUUUCAUGUCAAUUCUUUCCCCAGUCAUAUACAUAUUACAAUCACACAGAAAAACAGCACAACGUGUGCAACAUAACCGUCACUUGCUUUUCUUUUGCUGUGUUUAUGUUUAACUACAACAUCAGCUCUUGUUGCUGCUGCUGCUGCUUUUAUCAUGCUCAUCAUCAACUGUUGAUGCUACACUGUCAUAUUUGGAUUUAUAUAUCCACGAAUUCCCCAUCAAUCCUCGUCCCUGUGCUGCUGCCAAACGAUAAUAUUUCGCAGCUUGGUAGACAUCCUUUUUCGUGCCAUAGCCGUCAUAAUAGC